AUGGUGUCUCCCAAGCUCAAAAUAGCCAUCGCUGGCCUGGGUCGCAUGGGCGCUCGCCACGCCAUGCACUUUUAUGGAUUGACCCCACGAGCAGAAAUGAUCGCUGCAUCAACGCCAGAGCCCAAAGAAAUUGCAUGGGCAGAGACCGCUCUUCCUGGAGUUCGCACUUACCUCGAUUACGAUGAGAUGCUUCGAGAAGAGACCAAGAAUGGUCUGCAAGCUGUCGUCGUGGCCUCAGCUACCACUGUCCAUGCUGAACAGGCAAUUAAAGCAAUCCAAUUGGGUCUCCAUGUGCUCUGUGAAAAGCCAUUGAGUACGAGUGCAGAGAUCUCCGAAUCGGUCGUGACAGCAUAUCGGCAGUCGAUCAAGAAACACCCCUCUCAAAAGGUUAUCUGCGGAUUCUCCAGACGGUUCGAUGCUUCGUACCGCGACGCCUUCGACAAGAUGCAGUCGGGACUCAUUGGAACCCCAACCGUUUUCCGCUCCCAGACAUGCGAUAAGUUGGAUCCUACGGGGUUUUUCGUUGAGUAUGCCCAAUUUUCCGGCGGUAUCUUCGUCGACUGCUCCAUCCAUGACAUUGAUCUCGCUCUUUGGUUCUUCGGCGAAGACAGUACAGUGAAGAGCGUGGCAGCAGUGGGCAUAACCGCUAUUUCGCCCGAGCUGAGAAAAUACAACGAUCGGGAUAAUGCGGUUGGAAUCAUCGAAUUUUAUGGGGGAAAGAUCGCCCAACUAUUCUGUAGCCGUAUGAUGGCGGCGGGUCAGGAAGACACCACGGAAAUCACCGGCACUGCUGGCAAACUGGCCAUCAACACCCAACCCAUUUCGAACCUUGUGAACAUUUAUGAAUCUACCGGUAUCCGACGAGAGAUCCCUCCUCACUACUAUGGUCGCUUCCGUGAAGCCUUUAUCACAGAAGCCAACGAGUUCACGGCUUGCUGUUUGGACGACACGGAGCCUCCCAUGAAGUUAGAAGGUGCCGUGAAUGCCGUUCGGAUAGGGCAGGCAUUGCAAGAGAGCCUGAUUACGGGAGAAAAGAUCAAGUUUGGUGAAAAUGGUCGGAGAAUCGACGAGAGAUUCCGGGCACGACUGUAG